AUUUACUACGCGUGAUCUAUAUCCGGUAAAAUUUGAUGACCCUAUUAUAUUAUUGACAUUCACGAUUUGACAGCCAGGAAACCCUACGGAUUGUUGGAACCAUUUGGAACAUGUAAAAUGAGACUUUUAGUGCCCACCUGUCUGAGAUUGAUAGGAAAGUGCCCUAUCUCAAUCUUAUGCCGCUGUCAUGAUGUGGGGUCCAGCAGUAGAGAUGGCAUCAGUUUUACUGGGAAGGAAUCCAGGACUUACAGUAAGUGGAGGACAUGGAGGCUGUACAACAUGAGGAGUCGUGGCAUGAUAAGACUGAAGGGCGCCGACGUUGUGCCAUUUUUACAGGGGAUGGUGACAAACGACGUGUCGCAGCUGGUGGGGGACGGGGAGUCUAUGUAUACUAUGAUGCUGAACCCUCAGGGAAGAGUGCUGUAUGAUAUUAUAAUGUACAAACAGAGCCCAGAGAGUGACGUCCCUUGUAUUUUGAUGGAGUGUGACAACGAAGUUACAAAAGAAAUAAUCAAGCUUUUUAGAAAAUAUAAAAUUCGGAAAAAGGUAGACAUAGCUGAAGUAAGUGAUGAUUUCCAGACCUUUGCAGUCUUGCCUUCACAAGAACAAAGUGACAGAGCAUGGCUGCCAAUGAAACAGGGGGAGAUAACUCUUUGCUGUCCAGACCCCAGGUUAGAGGCGUUUGGCUGGAGGAUUGUAGCCAGUGACCAGUCAGCAGUCUUGGCAGCAACAGAGUCAGACUGUGAGAUCGAGGUGGGGGAGGAGAGGGAGUACCACACUCAGCGGUACAAGACUGGACUCCCAGAGGGGAUUGUAGACCUCCCUCCCGGACAGUGUCUCCCCCUGGAGAGUAACCUUGUCUUUCAUAAUGGAGUGAGUUUCAGUAAAGGCUGUUACAUAGGACAGGAACUCACAGCCAGAUCACAUCACACGGGGGUCAUACGAAAAAGACUCGUUCCCAUACAGUUCGACAGCGUCCCAGAAGAUGUAAGAAGUGGGGAUACCAUAGAAACAGCAGACACAAAGAAGAAUGCUGGGAAAUACAGGAAUUCUCUGGAUAAAUAUGGGAUAGGACUGAUUCGAUUGGCUGAAGUGAAAAAGAGGCUGGUGAUUUCUACUUCUAGUGGACAUUGUCACGGUGUGAAAGCUCACAUUCCCAGUUGGUGGCCACAGGAAGGGGAGGUCAAUGUGCAGCAAUAAAAGUUUUGCGACUGUAUAGUAAAAUAUGUUUAUACAGAUGUGUAUUCUUUUGCAUGUUACUGAAUGAUUUGCAUUGGUAUAUUUGUUUGUUACAAUUAAUUGAUUAUUUUUCUUUAUGAAUAGUUCAAAAUAAAUGUAAAAAUUUUGAAA